AUGAGUCGCCCUAUUCUUAAAGGGGUGGACUUGCUUCAGUCUUGGUUCUCUACGGCUCCAUCCAGAGCAACCAGGCUUGUGAAGGGUGAAGGUACCCCCGGUACUCGGGCAGGGCCCACUCAAACUGUCCCGAAUGAUACGAAUAUCGGAGUACGUCUAGACAAUGCAGAGAAAAUCACCAAGGACGGACAACAUUAUAAACGAUACAAACUCCAACCAAACAAGAAUGCGGCGAAUGUGACACUCAAGGAAUUGGCAAACAAAAAUUCUCACCAGGUCCUUGCUGAAGCUGAUAUGUCUCUAGAUGAGAGCAUACCAUCCUUGACCAGGUUUGCAAGCUUUUUCGAUGCCUUGAGGCAGAACGUUGAGAAUAGGUGGAAGGGCGGAGAAUAA